AUGGGCUGGUACUGUCUUCUCUUCUCCUCUGUCUUUGUGGCUUACUGGGUGCCAGCAGGCUGCUAUGCUAAUGGUAAAGUCACCAAAGCCUGUGGGAGCAUGGAACCAAAGCACGGUUCCCCGGCUCAGACCACUCAAAGCCCUUAUCUACUAACAGCCAACACCAGCACCUUCAGCCCCGGAGAUCAUAUCCAAGUCACUCUAUCUGGAACAUCAUAUUUUGAGGGCUUCCUGCUUCAGGCCAGAGAUGCAGCCAGUCAGGGCUCAGCAUCCACCACCGGCAGCUUCACCCUGACCAAUCCGCACAGGACACAGCUGCUGACCUGUAAUAAGCAGCAGGGUUCAGCAGUGAGCCAUACGAGUAAAGACAGACAGACAGAGGUUGUUGUCAUCUGGAAUGCUCCCAAAGAUGCUCCCAGUGAGGUUGAGUUUUUUGUGACUGUAGUCCAACGCUACAAUGUAUUUUGGGUGAAGUUGCCUGGACCAAUCAUCUAUCAACCUGGUGUGACACCUCGCCCACCUCUGUCCACCACUACACUUGCUCCAGUACAGACGACCACAUCCUCUCUCCUGCCAGGACCUUUCACGUCUGACAGCUGCGGCCAAUCUAAAUCCUGCCUGCUGGACCCUGUAGGCUGUGAUCCAGAAGAUCCACACUGCUUCUUCUUGUCCAUGACGACAGAGGGACCAGACAAAACGUCUGUGAUGUUUGAGCUGAGUGGCCCAGCGGAGGGAUAUGUGGCCUUUGCUCUGUCUUGGGACACAUGGAUGGGCAAUGAUGAUGUGUACAUGUGUGUAAAAGAUGGGGACAAAGUCUCAGUGAGUGCAGCCUUCGUCAGCGGACGAACACAUCCUGAGGACCAGACACAGGCUGGACUUUCCUCAGUAUCAUGGCGGCUGGCAGAUGGAACCAUCCAGUGCAAGUUCAGUAGACCGGUGAAAAUGGCUAAUCAGGAACCGGGCCGCUAUGACCUGGACCAAGAGUACUUUCUGUUUCUAGCCAGCGGACAUGCUCAGUAUGGUAAAAUAUGGAAACAUAAUCAACAACCAUUAGUGUCCGUCCACAGGAAAUGUGUCACAGGCCCCUCUGAGGUACUAACAGGCUCCAGAGGACCCACCAUAAUGAAAGCACAUGGUGUUCUUAUGCUGUUAGCAUGGAUGCUAACUGGGAGUGUUGGUACCUUCAUCGCCAGUUUCUAUAAAGAGGUUUGGCCAAAUCAAACUCUGUAUGGACAGAAAGUCUGGUUCCAGGUUCAUCGAGGCCUAAUGAUGCUAACUAUGACGCUGACCAUUGUUGCCUUUACCCUACCAUUUAUCUAUAGGAAAGGUUGGAGCAAGCAUGCAGGUGUCCAUCCCUACCUGGGCUGUUGUGUUGUGAUUUUAACUCUGAUUCAACCAAUAACAGCUGUGUUCAGACCAACACCUGACUCUCACAGGAGAUAUCUCUUUAACUGGUUCCACUGGGGACUUGGAUCUCUGACUGAGAUCAUGGCAGUGGCGACCAUGUUCCUGGGUACACAUCAAUCAUCACUGCUCCUCCCCCAGCCAUGGGCGACGUAUGUUUUGAUUGGCUAUGUGACAUGGCUGGCCUCAUUCAGAUUCAUGCUCCUGAUUCACAAACACUUUCAUAUCAAAAAAGCAGUAGUGUCAGAUGAGCUACAGGAACUCUAUUCUGGUCAAUCAGAGCCCUCUACCUGGGGGUCCUUCACAAAGUCCUUCAUCUUGGCUGCCCUGGCUUUGGGAAACUCUGGUCUACUGGUGGCCUUGUUGUCUUCUAUUGCUGACAUUUGA